GAUUGGCAGGCAGCCGCAGAGCAUGACGGGAAUCGGGAGGGCCGGAAGCGGUUGGGUAGUUGUUCUCCCGUCGUGCUUUGCGUCUUGACAGUUGCUAGGAGACAGGCGGCAGGAAGCGCGGUAGAUUUGACUCUCGGGAAGGGGCGGAAGUAUCAGGAGUGACAGGAUAUCAUGGCCCUGUUCUAAUGUGGGGAAUAUAGGGAAUUGGGCGCUGCUGGUACUGGUGUCCGUAUGUAGGCGGGGAACUACAACUCCCGGCAGUACAGAGGUGUGAGAGAAUAUCCAGGACUUAUCCCUACGUCCCACUGAUGGUGCCAGCAGGAGAGAAGCAUCCGGGGAACAAACUACUCUUCUACCAACCAUGAGAAUGAGCAGCAGCGAGCCUGUGUUCUCCAAUCAGGGGAAUCCGUUCCCAUCCCCAGUAAGAGACAGGACUCACUAUCGCCCAUCCAAGGUAAAGGCUCUGUCAGAAGACCAGAAGCAUACGGUUCUCAGCCCAAGUCGGCUUUGUUCCCUCUGUGAUGCACUGAGCCCCCCGGACCAUAGUUUCCUUGGUGGAACCCAGCGGUUGGGCUCUGGGGCCCCUGAGUCUGAUUCCUCUGGACCGUUCGAUGAAUCCUGGCCUUCCACUGAAGGGAGCUCUUCCAAGACGCCGGAAAGAGAUGAGAGACAGACUGGGCCGGUACCUUACGGUACUGAUCCAUCCUCUCAGGACUCAGUCAUUGCAAGGUAUUUGGAAAGGUUCCGAAGUGGCCGUCCCACCAGUCGACUGGAGCGCUCUCCUCCCAGUCUUGGAAUGAAAGAUUUCUGGUGGCUACAGACAUCGCCGGACAGCCCUGAUGAAGUCCGGAAACACUCUGUAACAGGAGCCACUGCCUCUUCAAGAUUCUCCCUGCAUAAUCUUGAGAUGAGCCCGCCCCAUCAGGAUGUGUCUCUGAGUGAGUCCAAGCUGUAUUCUGAUCAAGUGGACAUCCUGAGCCUUCAGGAGAAAGCAGGGAAGCUUAUAGUCCGGAGCGAAUCGUCUCUUAGCAGUGCGGGCGCCGUGAGUUCUGAAGGCAUUGGAUCCUCUCCAUCAUCCAACAUGUCAAGCUCAGGGUCUGACCAAUAUAAAACACGUGUCUCUGUGCCAGCUCAGCCAGUUCCGUCCACUGAGAGGCGCGUUCCAGCUCUGGCUCCUUCAGCCUUAGGAAGAUUUGCUGCGUUAGCGCCAGAGGAGGACAUUCUGUAUCAGUGGCGCCUCCGGAGGAAAAUGGAACAAGCAAGGGAAGGAACCCUGGCUCCUCCCACCCAGAGGAGAACCACCUCUCCUCCAGUCAGGAUCCCCAGACAGGUGCUGCCCACAAUGGAUUAUACUAUUUCAGAGCACUACAGGGAGUCCCAGAAAGUCACUGCUGCCCCGAGUGAUGCCAUUUCUGAUGGGCAAAAUUGUAUUCCUAGUUCUUGCCUGGGCAAAGUACCCAUUGCCAGCCCAUCUCUAAGCAUUCAGACUUGCUCUGUCCCACCCCACCUUCACCUUCAGUGUGACAUCCUUCCUGUACACAGCCAUCUCUCGUCAUCCUGUAUCACGCACAGGCAGGAGAUGGAAAGGAUUAAACCUGACCAAGCGCAACCUCCUCCUCCUUUAGAAUCUCAUGAUCAAGCUAAGUAUCACCAGAAGCAGUUACCAACCAAGGAGCCCAAAAAAAUGUCCCUUCCUCAGCAAGACCUGAAGGGGGCAGAGCAAAAAGAGAGCCAGCGGGCCCUGCGUAAGAAAGAAAAGCAGAAACAGGGAUUGGUUGAAAGAAAAGUAACAAAAAGUUCAGAGCUAGCGCCUUCGCAACCCUCCAUUCACCACACUGUCGGGGAGGUUAUCUCAGAGAGGCUGUUCUCACCGUCCCCAUCUCCACAACCCAAGGCUGGAAAGAAAAAAGAGAAGCAAGCCCCUCCCCUUUCACCUCCAUCCAAUCAGCUGCAGCCACUGGAAAUAGCUGCACAGCUAUUGGAAGAUGCGGAAGACUCUGACGGAACGGAGUUUGAGGACGACCCAUUGCUGCAUGUGCUGCGGGAACAGCGGGAAGCUCUGCGAAGGAGACUCCGGGCUGUGGAUGAAAGGCUUUCUGAACUGGAGGCCGAGGACAGAGCCGAUCCGUCGCCCCUCCCAUGAUGCAUCCCUUCCCUACCUUUUUAUAUAUGUGUAAGUCUUUCUAUUUAUAUCUAUUUGUAUGUGGAGCAACGGGUUCCGUGUUCUGUGAAUAAAAUGUACAUUUGCACA